AUGUCGGGGAGUGCGUCGCAGCCGCAGCGCGUGCGCGUCGGCACGCGCUCGCAGUUCACCGACGGCUCCCGUCAACUGGUCAAGUGCGGGGUGCGCAACAUCGCGGUCGUGUGCUACAAGGAUCAACUCUACGCCAUCGACAACGCCUGCUACCACCACGGUGGUCCUUUGCUGCGCGGUGACAUCGAGGAGAUGGGCGGCCACCCUUGCAUUGUGUGCCCGUGGCACAGCUACAAGAUCGCCCUCGACACCGGGGAGGGCCUUUACAUGGGCAUCACCAUCAACCCACGCGGCGGGGCUCCGCAGCAGACGGUGAAGUCGAAGGGCUGCAAGCAGCGGGUGCACAAGGUGACGGUGGACGAGGCCGACGACGUCUACGUGACGGUGGACCUCAGCGGACCCAAGUGGGAGAGCGACACCUACGCGUCGAUGGAGCUGGCCAACCGGGAGAAGCCGGCCGUAGCGCCAAUGGAGGGCAUCCGUCCGGGCUUACGCCCACCUGGGAUCCACAGCAGCGUCGCCCCUGGCGUGCGCAGCGGUCAGGUCUUCCAGCAGAUGCGACUGACCAGCACCGGGCACGGCGGAGCGAACCCCUUCGAUGCCGGGCAGAAGACGCGACCGCCGGUGAGUCCGCCGCUGCUGCCUCUGCAGGGCGGCGUCCGCGGCGGCCGGGCCGUCAACGCGCCCGCCACAAAUCUGUUCGUGUCGUGCACGAGCAUCACGGACGUCUGCCCCGGCGUGCGGGAGUUCCACUUCACCUACAUCUCGGGCCCUUUGCUGCGGCGCGCGGAGUUGGGCGAGUACGUGGAGGUGGAGCUGCCCGUGAAGGAGAGCUACGCAGCCGCAGCCCAGCAUACAAGCGGCCUCACGUCCUCUGUCGGUGGGACGAGGUCCGCAGCGACGAAUGAGGAGGAGACGAUGAUGCGACGGCGGUGGACCAUCUGUGAUGUGAACCGCAACGGCUCUUUGUUUACGUUAAUGGUGAAAGCCACCGGCAGCGACCCGCGGAAGAGCGGGAGUGCGUGGCUGCAUCAGCACUCCCUCCACACCCCUCUGCGGGUGUGCAACGUAGGUGGGGCCUUCACGUUUGCCGACCAUCACGACACCCUGCAAAAGCUGCGUGGCAACAUGUUGUGGGUGACGGCCGGCAUCGGCAUCACGAGCGCCUACGCGGCGAUGAACUCCUCACUCGACGACACCUUUUUUGCUGAAGGCACCGAGGCGCUGCACGUGGUACACCUGCACGCCAAUCACACCCUGGAGACGGUGCCGAAGCUGGAGGAGUUCAUGCGAUGGCAGCGGCGGUUUCCACUCGAGAGCCGUCGCGCGAAGACGUACGUGAUGGAGCUUUUCAUCCCGCAGGCGAAGAACGGUGAGGAAGAGGACAGGGCGCGAGAAUCGCACAGCGCCGCCUCCCCCUCCCCGCCCACCACCCCCGUCACCCAUCACCACCACCUCCACAAGGACGACGUGCUGCGGGCGGUGCAGACGUAUUUUGGGCCCGACCUGCCGCUAGCCUACGUGUGCGGGCCGCCGAACUUUGUGAGCGACUGCACCGACGCGUUGAUGUCCGCCGGUCUUCCUGAGGCCCAAAUCCUCACCGACGAUGCAUAG